UUCGCCUGCGUCGUCCACCAUGGACCACGACCCCGAGAAGAAGCCGCAGAUGCUCAAGGGCGGCAUUAAGGAAAUCUUUCGCAUGCGUAUCAUUGCCAUGGCAAUUAUCGUCUCAAUGGGCGGUUUCAUCUUUGGCUACGACACUGGUCAGAUCUCGGGCUUCCUGGAGAUGCCCGACUUUCUCCAGAGGUUUGCCGACCAAAAGGACCCUCAGACUGGUAAACUAAAGUUUAGCAACUGGAAGUCUGGGUUGAUUGUCGCCUUGCUGUCUAUCGGUACCCUAAUGGGAGCCCUGAUUGCUGCACCCAUUGCAGACAGGUUCGGCCGCAAAUACUCCAUCGUCUUCUGGAACAUCAUCUUCUGCGUCGGAGUCAUUGUGCAGAUCACCACGACAAACACAUGGUACCAGAUCUCGCUGGGUCGCUGGGUCGCUGGUCUUGGUGUGGGAGCGCUUUCGGUGCUGACACCAAUGUAUCAAUCAGAGACUGCUCCACGCUACGUCCGUGGUGCCCUCGUCUCGUGCUACCAGCUCUUCAUCACGCUUGGCAUCUUCACGGCCUACUGCAUCAACUUUGGUACCGAGGCCCGCCGCAGCUCCUUUGCGUGGAAGCUUCCCAUGGGCAUUGGCUUCAUCUGGUCGGCCAUCAUGAUUGUCGGCAUCAUCUUCAUGCAGGAGUCGCCCCGAUGGGAAUACCGCAGAGGCAAGAUCGACAGCGCCAAGCACACCAUUGCCCUCACAUACGGCGUUCCCGAAGACCACCCAGAGGUGCAGCGCGAGAUCCGCGAGAUCCAGAAGAAGUUUGAGGCCGAACAGGCGGGCGGAGGUCACCACCCGUGGUAUGAAAUCUUCACAGGACCCCGCAUGGCCUACCGUGUUACGCUUGGUAUUGCCCUGCAAGCUCUGCAGCAACUCACGGGCGCCAACUACUACUUCUACUACGGAACGACUAUUUUCAACUCCGUCGGCAUCAGCAACUCGUUCGUCACGUCCAUGAUCCUGGGCGGCGUCAACUUUGGCAUGACGUUCCCUGGACUGUACGUGGUCGAGCGCUUCGGACGACGACCCUCGCUCAUUGCCGGCGCACUGUGGAUGUUUAUGUGUUUCCUGGUGUUUGCCUCGCUUGGCCACUUUUCGCUGACCAACGACGAUGGCACGUCCAACCAGGGCGUGGGCUAUGCCAUGAUUACGUUUGCGUGUCUCUUCAUCGCAGGCUACGCCAUGACCUGGGGCCCGAUUGUGUGGGCUGUAGUGGGCGAAAUCUACCCGUCUCGGUACCGCGCCAAAUGCAUGGCCCUCGCCACGGCCAGCAACUGGACGUGGAACUUUCUCAUUUCCUUUUUUACACCGUACAUCACUUCGGCCAUUGACUACCGAUACGGCUACAUCUUCGCGGCGUGCUGCUUCACCGGCGCCGUCGUCGUGUACCUGUUUGUGUGCGAGUCGCACGGCCGCACCCUCGAGGAAAUCGAUACCAUGUACAUUUUCCACGUGACGCCGUGGAAGAGCAAGCACUGGGAACCGCCGGCCGACGAGGACCUGCCGUCGCUCGACAGCACGUAUCUGACGCCUGGCGCGAGGGGCAUCAAGAAGGGCAAUGAGGCGAGGGCGCCCGAACAGCUGAGGCGAGAGAGCGUGCCUGUUAGCGACGCCGACAUGGAGGCUAGCGGGGCGAGACAGCAGUAGUUUGCUUUGGCGCGUUACAAGUUCAAGUACGAGUUAUGGUUUCUUUGUAGUGUUUAGCGAGCAUCAUCCAUGCAUUGUAUUAUACCACCAUGUCCAGGCAUGAAGCCUAAUGAAUUUUUGAAA